GCAAGUGUGUGAUCAUGGCGGGGCGCUACCAAGUGGAGGUUACCAUCACCUCCGCCAAGGACCUCAAAAACGUCAACUGGCGCCACGGCAGCCUCAAGCCCUACGCCGUCGCGUGGGUCGACCCCAAUGCCAAGUCCUCCACCCACGUCGCCUCCGACGGCGACACCUCCCCCACCUGGGAUCAAACUCUCCUCAUCCCCUUCGACUCCCCCAUCGAAGACUCCACCCUCCACGUCGACAUCGUCCACGCCGACGACACCAAGCCGCUCAUCGGCUCCUCCCGCCUCCCCCUCCGCGACGUCGUCGGCCUCGCCCGCCGCGCCGACCGCACGCUCCACCUCACGCGCCCCUCCGGUCGCCCCCAGGGGAAGCUCGACGUCGCCGUCAGCGUCCGCGAGCCUGGCUAUCGUGCGCCGCCUCCCCCUGCGGCCAGGGAGUAUCCGUAUGUGGGGCCGUACGGCGGGGCUCCUGCGUAUGCAGCCCCGCCGUCGGGUUAUCCCGCGUACAGAGCUCCUCCUCCGAGCUAUGGGUACGGGCAGGAUAGUUUCUAUGGUGGGCCCCAGCAGGGAUACGUGGAGGAGGAGGAGAAGAAGGGAAGCAAGUUUGGGGGGAUGGGGACGGGAUUGGCUGUGGGUGCGGUUGCAGGGGUCUUGGGUGGAAUCGCGCUCACAGAAGGUGUUGACGCCCUUGAGGAUCAUAUUGCUGAUGACGUGGCGGAUGAUCUGGCUGAUGAGGAAGAGGAUUAUUAGUAAAGCGUAUACGUGUGUAUUUUUUUCCCACUUAUUUGAUGUAUACAUUGCUUGCUGG